UACCCCAAUUGCAAGAAUCACAAUCAUAGUCCGUACUUUUUCUUUCUUCUCCUACAAAAAAUAUACACACAUUAAUUUACAUGCAACUCUUUGACGAUGACACCGAUUUUGCCAGGUAGCAAAGAACAGAUAAUCCAAAAAAAAAACCCAGAGACUGAGAGAAUUAAAUACAGAAGAUUUAUGAGUAGUAGAAAUCAACAAACAGAGUAUACUGACUGAAGUGAAAGCUUAACUCAACACACACUCAAAAAUCUUCAAUUUUUUUCCUCUUAAAUCUAAACAAAAUCAGACACAACACAAAAAAAUGGGUGAAUUUCAGAAGAACAGUCAGAAAAGUGUGAAAUUGAGGUGAAAGAUGAGAUCUUUAGAGAGAGAAAGUGAGAAUUUUAGAGAGAGAAAUGAAAAGAAAGGAGGAAGAAGGAGAAGAAGAAACAGAAAAAAGUAGAGAAAAUAAAGGAAAAGGUACAAUUUCAGCGCAAAAAAAGGAUGAAUUUUUUAGGAGAAGAAGAAAGUAUUACUCUUUCUGCAAAAAAGUUAGUGGACCCACUUCUACUACUACGGCUAAUACCCCAGUAAUCUCAUGGAAGGAGGUUGGUGGAGCUCAAAACACCAUAAUUAAAGGCACAAACCCUUUUCUUCUUCUUUAUCCUUCAUUUUCUCUCUCUUCUUCUCAUUUCUCAGCUAGAAAAAUUGCUUGUUUUUUCUGGGAAUUUUACCAAUAUUUUUCAUCUGUUAAAAUGUAUUUGGGUGUUAAUAAUAAUAAUCAUCAAAGAGGUCGUCGUCUUCAUCAUAGGAUUAAUCAAGAUGAGGGUUUUGAUCAUCAUCCUUCCUUAGCUGUUGAUUUUCAUCAUGGUGGUUCUUCUGAUCAUCAGCCUUCAAGUGCUGGCAGCUUGAGGAGACAUAUUGCAGCCUCACUGAUGCGGCAUCAUCAAUCAGCAGAAAAGAAUAAGCAUGCUCUGCAGCCUCUUUCUCCUGCAAGCUAUGGUAGUUCCUUGGAGAUGGCUCCAUAUAAUCCAGCAGUAACUCCCGGCAGUUCGAUUGAGUUAAGGGGAAGGAUUGGUGACCCUAAUUACGGCUUUAAAACAUCGACCGAAUUGCUCAAAGUGUUAAACCGUAUAUGGACGCUAGAAGAGCAGCAUGCUUCCAAUGUGUCUCUAGUGAAAGCUAUGAAAAACGAGCUGGAUCAUGCCCGUGGUAAGAUCAAAGAGUUGCUCAGAGAUCAGCAGGCGAAUCGACAUGAGAUUAAUGAUUUGAUGAAACAAAUCUCACAAGAUAAUAACCUAGCUAACAAGAAGAGCAAAGAACAAGAGCGAGUAGAGGCUGCUCUUCAGUCCGUAAGAGAUGAAUUAGGAGAUGAAAGGAAGUUGAGAAAAAGAUCUGAAAGUUUACAUAGGAAGCUAGCUAGAGAACUGUUCGAAAUCAAGGUUUCCUUUUCAACUACUGUAAAAGAUCUUGAAAAAGAAAAGAAAUCAAGUGACCUUCUUGAAGAACUCUGUGAUGAGUUUGCUAAAAGUAUUAGGAAAUAUGCUAAACAAAUGCAUGAUGUCAAACAAAAUUCUGAGAAAGACUGGAAUGGUAUUGGUAGUCAUGAUAAUUUGAUCUUACACGUUGCUGAAUCUUGGCUUGAUGAACGAGAGCAAAGGAGAGACCCGGGAGCAGAAAGAGCAUCUAUAGUUGAUAAAUUGAGACCGGAAAUAGAGACAUUUCUCACAACCCGACAAACACCAAAAAUAGACAAUAUGGAUACUAUUGAUCAUCACAAAGAGAGCCGUUUAAGGCGCCGUUCGCUCGAGUCGAUUCCUGAGAUUGGGACAGCCCCUGAAGAUUCUGCCUUUUCUGACUCCCGCUAUGCUGAGAGAAACAAAGCAGGCCCCAGCCACUACGAGGAACAGGAAGAGCUAGCAUUAAACAGGAGGAGGAAGGGUCAAAGUCCUCCUAGUAUUCAGAUGUCGGAACCUCAAACCACUCCUCGUGAAAUUGAUCUGCAGGUCAUGAAAGCCAGUGAAGCAACCCCAGGCGAGAUCAGCAUGCUGCAGAAGUCUGAAAUUUAUGAUUCGUAUCAAAAGAAAAAGAGUUACGAUGAAGAGGGGCAUGGGUCAAACUCGAAAACAGUUGAUAAACUAAUUAGUGAGUUGCUACUGUCGGAAGGUGGAAGUUUUCCUACCGAGUAUGAUGACUAUAAAGAAGCUGCUUCGAGUAACACCUCUACACUGAAGAGAAAUGCCAGCCCUGUAAGACAGUGGAUGACAAGAAUGAAAUCCCCAGAUCCCAGAAUUUCUGAAUCAUCUUCAAAAAUGCAGUCAGUUAGAGAGAAUUCUCUAAAAGCCAAGUUACUAGAACCCAAGUCAAAGGGGCAGCGUUCACGUUUGAAGAUUCUAAAAGGUUCAUCAUGAAUUAUAAAGAGACAUUGCAGAAGUUUAAAUCCAUGAGACGCUCGGAUGGCUACGCAAUUGGCCUCUACGAACCUCUUUGAGAUUGUUGUUCAUGAAAGAGCAUUUGAUAGUUGAAGAGCCUCUAAUGCAUUUGGAAUAAAUGAGUAACCUUUCCUUCUUUUGGGUUCCCUUCAAUGAUAGAUAGUGUUGGUCCAUCAAGAUUGAACACGGCUGUGCACAACGUGUACAAUGUCGGUCCUGCAAAAACAGGUUUGCAUGAAGUUACUCUAAAAUCGCGUAUAAGAAGAAGGGAUCAUAUGCAUGUCGCUGUGUACCUGUCAUGUAAAUGGGAUAUCUUUUGUCAUCUAUGUCUCCAAGAAGUGAAAGGAAAUCAUCUAUUGAUUCUUUUGGCAAUGAAGAUGCUCUUUCUUGUCUGCUUCUUGAAUUUUCAUCCUGUAUCUUUGAUAACAAGACAUGAUUUCUUGUUAGAAUUAAUUAUUUUUGUUUGGUUAAAUGAAGAGUUAGUUCAGAUCA